CGGUUACCGUGCAUGGUCUAUCGCGGCUCUGAGUUGCGCCAAUCCGGCAGGCUACAAGGCUGUUGACCCAGUUAAUGGUUAUCAUAAUAAUAAUAUUCUAAUAUUGUUUUAUCCGCUCCGCGUACAACACGCUGCGACGACGACGAUCAGUCCUCGUGAGUCGCCAGAACGAAUACAAUACCUAUAUAUAAUACAUAAUAUAUACAUAUUAAACAUUACGAUACAUUACGCGGCUCUGCUGCAGUUUCCCAUAACUAUGGCUCGAUGGCGCACGGUCCAACCCGCGACAGUGCCGUUCGUGCUCAUAACUACGUCCUCCGUCGCGGUGAAAUUGCUGAUAGCUGCAGUGGCGGCUCUGUCUUCGUCGGUGUCAGCUUCGGGAUGGACCAACUCGACGGACGUAAUCCGGGUAGUUCAAUUCAGCAACAGUCUGGUGCCUCCUUUGUUCAACCACUACUCCAAAGGCCGAGAUAACCUGGUCUUGGCGCCUUUCGGGGUAGCUACUAACGUGGCCAUGAUGCUGGAAGGUUUACAAGGUCGGGCCGCCGAAGAGGUAACCACGCUGUUCCGGCUCCAGGCAAAGGAAGUACGUCAACAGCUGAGGAGAGGUUUUAAAAUGAUUUUUGAUACGUUCGGGGAUGAUUCGGAUGGUGAUUUUGCCGGAUCUUACAACAAAGCAUCUGUGACUAGUUCCCGGGUUAUGCCAUCGUCAUACAUAAACAGACUUUCGAAAUAUUACCAAGCUAAUGUUACCACAAUACGAAGCGAGAAUUCGAACAACAGCUUAAGUGAUAUUUUAGAAUUACGAAGCGAUACAGGAAUAAUAAGUCAUUGGAAAGACUACCAAAAACUAGCAACGUAUACUUACUUAUCGUAUCAACCAUCAGCACCAUUUACUAAAUCUGACGGUUCAAUUGUCUAUGUCCCAAUGAUACCACAGACCGGAAUGUUCAAAAUCGGAUACGUACCACAAUUAAAAUGCUUAGCUGCUGAAUUAAUGUUUGAGACCGACAAAGUGAGUAUGCUCAUCAUGAUGCCGGACGACGUUAACGGAUCGGAACUGAUGAUCGAGAGAUUGUCCAAAGACAACUACUUGGACAUUUUGGACUCGCUGGGCUACCAGAACACAGAAGUACUAUUGCCACAGCUGGCCGCAUUCACUAACGGUCUGGAUUUGGAACCGUUCUUCAAGAAGCUCGGCGUCAAGGCGGCCUUCAAUCAGACGGUCAGUGACAACGCCGACAACAAUAACAAAACUUCGUCGACGAGCCGCGAUCACGCGUCCAAGUCUCCCGUGGUCACUUUGGUGUCGAUGAAACAGAACGCGUACUUUUCAAUGUCGUUCAUCACAAUCAAUUCGGUCGGCUCGGUCGGCACAAAGUUAGGCAUCCGUUCAUCUGGCUCGAGACAAAAACGAGGCAUUGCUACUAAAGUAGUAUUUGACAGGCCGUUUGUAUUUUUUGUUUAUAACAAAUUAACUGGAUUAAUAAUGUUGGCAGGAAAAAUAACAAAUCCUACACAAGUGCCCACCACUAGUUAAUAAUUUAUAAAUAAUAGUAAUAUUUGUUGUAUGUUUAAUAAUAUAAGUAGAGACUUAUUAUUCAUGUAAUGAUUACUACUUGCUACCUAGUUACAAGUUAUACAUAAUAUUUUAAAUAUAAUUUAUAAUUAAAAUGUUUUAAUUUAAAUCAUAAAUGGAAUAUUUAUUUGUACAUAAAUUGUUAUUUUUGUAUGUAUAUAUUUUAAUUUAGUUUUGUUUUUUAAAUUUGUAUAUGACUAUAGAUAUACGAUUUAAUAGUAUAUAUAUAAUAUAGUAUUAUAGCCAUAUAUAUAUAUAUAUAUAUAUAUAUAUAUUUGUAUGUUAUAAAAAAUAGUUGUUUAAUAAUAUUUAUUCAAUAUGUGCUAUGAAAGUGUUAAUUUAAAAAAAUAUUUUAAGUAUGUUUAAGUAUUCAUUCAAUUGUCACUAUUUAGUAUUCAAAUAAUAUAGUAUUAUUUUGUGUUUUUUAUACAUAUAACUUAUAUCAUACUUUAUUAAAAUAAUAUAUACAUAUUAUAUACUUAAAUAUUAUAA